AUGUCCUUGACGGCCGUUGCAUUCUCGCUCACGUUUCUCGCGCAUACGCUGGCUGUGCCGCUCGAUUCUGGCAACACAUCCUCAGUCGAGAUCGUCUGGGUAACCGACGUCGUGACCUCCUCUGUCGACGUGCUGGAUAUUGCCACUAGUGUUCUGAUUGUCCCACCGACGCCUUCUGCUACCCCCUUCUUGCUUUCUAUCGGCUCUUUCGUUCCCUCACCGCCGUCUUCGGUGUUUUCAUCUGUUCAACCCGUGACCGUUACGGACACUUUUACUGAUGUCGUCACUGCGAUGUUCACGGAACCACCUACGACGACGACUGUGUUCCCGCCCCCGUCAACCGUGACCGACACCGUUACGGUAUCUUCUUCUACGCCUCCGUCAUCCUCUCCUAGCGGUGCCCCCGCACAAAUCGCCUGGGUAGCCCCCGCACAGAUGACAAACCUCGCUUCGUUCAAUGUGACAAACUUCGCCGACGGCAAGCAAAACAUGCGCAUCGUCAGCGGGCUCCCCACGAACGUGAGCACGAACGCGCUCGCAGCAGACUUUGAGGCGUCCGCGGGCAACAAUUCCGGCACGCCAGCGACGUGGGACAGCAGCAACUCGAGCGCGGUGAUGCAGCUCUUCUACCCCGCUGGCUCCGUCAACCCGAGCGCGGAACCGCAGGGAGGCGCGGAUUUCUACGCGGUCCCGCUGGAUCUGACGGUGGCGCAGAACGUAUCCCUGGAGUAUAGCGUGUUCUUUCCUGUGGACUUUGACUGGGUGCGGGGCGGGAAGCUGCCUGGGCUCUAUGGCGGUCAUUCGGGGUGCUCCGGCGGGGAUGAUGCGACGACGUGCUUCAGCACCCGCUUGAUGUGGCGACCGGGCGGUGCGGGCGAGCUCUAUCUUUACGCCCCGAAAGACAAACAGACCGCAGCGCUAUGCUCGACGCCGCCGCUCUCGGUUUGCGAUUCUGAGUAUGGUCUGUCCGUUGGUCGAGGUUCGUUCACGUUUACGCCGGGUGCAUGGACGACAGUGCGGCAGACUGUUGCUCUCAACACUCCGGGACAGCAGGAUGGAGGAUUCAUCCUUGAAGUGAACGGUCAAGAGGUGAUCAAUCGCUCCGACGUAUUUUAUCGAGAUGUCCCUGGCGCAUCAGACUCUGGGGGAGACGAUUCAGAUGGCGACUCGGGUGGGUCUGGAGACUCGAGCGACUCUGGCGACUCCAAUGGGUCUGGAGACUCUGAUUCGGGCGAUGGUUCUGGUGACUCUGGCUCUGGCGAUGAUUCGUCUGAUUCCGACUCCAGUGAUAAUGGGUCUUACAAUGACUCAGGGGGCAGAGACAGUGGUAGCAGCGGAGGUGGGCUUCUUGGACUCGGUCUGGGAUUGGGACUAUAUGGCGACUCGCUCUUCCAUGUCAAUCUUUGGCCCGGCGGCAUUGUCCUCUCCGUUCCCAAUGAUGGGACAAAUGAUCCAAGUCUAGCCUUUUUUGCCUCUCCAACAGUAGUCUCAACUCCUGCGCUCAUUGCUCGACAAACGGCGAACCCACAACCAUCAGGAACUGUUGUACAACAGACGCAAACUAGCACCGUCACGAGCACGAGCACGAGCACGAGCACGAGCACAAUCCAGCCGGCGCCCUCGACGCAGACCGUCACGUCUCAGACCACGAGCAUCACGACCGUGUAUUCUUCCUCGUUUCCCACAGCUCUUCCUGCCACGGUCGAACAAGCGGCUGCGCCUCGAUCCAUUGGCUUCACAGGGCUCUUCUUCAGCACGUUCUUCGGCGGGCACGGCGAAGACUGGGCUACCCCGAAGGACCAAUACGUGUGGUUCUCAGGUUUCUCCAUUGCGGUUAACAAUUGA